AUGGACACACUGCCCAAUGAGCAGCUCAAGCAGGGCAUGCUGGCGUCUGGUAUCACCCAUCAAGGCCCCGAUUCACAUCUACGGAGGGAAAUCGAUCAGCGCUUCGCGGGUGAAUCACCCUUUGUCCAGCGUAAACAAAACAACAAACUGUUUGUAUCGUCUUGGACUCGUCUGCUAGGCGUAGCAUUCACCUCGUUGGCAGCAGCGUAUUUUUUGCUGCUUUGCUUUCGCUUAAUAGAGUCUGCGCGUCAGUGGGCCCCACCCACUAGAUCUCUCGCAGCUCGUCGAGAUGAAUCAUGCUACUCAGGCAGUGUGUCUGGGAAUGCGGAUGAAGGUGGCACUGGGCCGACGGGGGAUUCGGCAGAAGGUUUAGAGCUAGAGAGUUUUGGGGAAGGCGGCCUUUUGCUGCAUCCUGAGGUUUUUGGAUUACAAGGCGCUGCCGAAGGAACACAAGAGGUAGAUGUUGGGUUUGCAUCCUAUUUCGAUAUUUCGGAAGAUGUUGCUGGCUUUAACCCCAAUCAAGCUGAGGACGCUGAUUUGCACUUAUGGGAAGGCAGGAACAUGCCUGUGGAACAAGAACAGCGUUUAAGAAGUCUGUUUGGCCGAAUGCAAGAAAUUUUGAAUUCAUGUGGGCCGCUGUUGACAGCAUUAACGUACAUUCAACGCAUGCAGUUGGUAUUUUAUGUGGCUAGGUUGAUCGGCCUGGAUUUGGGAGCCGCAUCACUUGUUAAGGAGAGCAUGGAGCCUGAGAGGAGAGCCGUAGGCGACUCUGCCAUCCAAUUGAUAAAGCGUUUACUUCAGCAGGUGGACGGCGACCAAGGCCAUAGAAAGUUACGCAGGAAAGUUGAAGAAUUAAUAGUUUUACUUGAAGAGAUAAAGCAGCCGCGGCAUGUCGAUGAAGAAAAGAGCGCUAAAAAAUACAAAAAAAAGAUGAUAGCCCUGAUGUCAACUGCCGAAGUGGCUCUAAAGUGUUGCGCAGGAGUUUUGCAAGGGCUGGAACAGUUGAAGGAAGAUUCGCAGAGGAGGCUGCCACCGAAAGUAGUCGCGCAACAGGUGGAUGUUUUGAAAGCCAUUUUCGACGCCCACGUUUACUACCUGUCCAAAGACGGUUCCCUUCGACAACACAUUAUAGAUUGUCAGAAACAAACAGGUGUGUAUACGAUUAUCAGCAAAGAGUAUUUUACAACGUCCAGAAUAGAACUCCCUAAACUGAAAGACAUGCAACAAAGUAUAUUUGACGCCGUUAGGGAUGCUGGUGGUUUUCUCCGCCCUCCACCACCACCUCGAAUGAAACUUGCAAAAGCUCGCGCCGCAUUGGUAAGACAGACUGAAGGACCAAUUAUCCAGGAUUCGGAGCAGCGCAAACCGUCGAGCCACACACCGCUGUACGAAGGCUUCGCAGAAGCCGUGACGCUUUCAUCUGACGCCACAACUUCUACGCCGCAUGAGGAAGUCGAGGAAAUGCAUUCGCCGCCAGCGAGAGUUCCACUGUGGCGACCUGACCGGCCGCCUGGACAAGGUGCUGGGCCGGUUCGGCAGCAACUGCACACACUCGGUUCCUCCUGGAGUCCUCAGGAUCAAUUGCCGCAGCUUGCCUCCCCGUCUGUGUCUCUCCCAGAGCCUCAUCUGUCGACAUAUCGGCCGCAAGCACCUACAACUGGAGUUGUAGACACCCAUCCAUAUCUCUCUCCACCGCAGAUAUUCUUUCCACGACCGUCUCAACCGCCAGAUAUGCACUAUACUGCACGUCCACCUCACAGCGUCUCAUCACAGCAGGCAUAUGCUGGUCGCAGCGCUGCAGCGCCCUUUGUUCCCCCUUCUCCGCUGCGGCGUGUGGAUGUGGGUGGACUGUCUCAGCGGCUGCAGCUACCAGGGCCUUUUCAAGAAGAGGCUUACAGUCAUUUUACAGAUGGCGACACGUCCAACAGGUUAUCUUUUCCACAGGAGAAGUGGAGUGGUCAGUACGAGAGGCUGAUGGAAGUAUGGGGCCCAAAGCCGCCGGAAAAGAAUUUUGUGGGAACGGUGCAGUCUUCGCAUUACGCAACCACUGCUGCGGCGCGUACAGGAACGGAGGCAACCGGUCCGCCCCUAGCCGGAGUUCCACUGUGGUGGCCUGACUGGCCGCCUCGACAGGGUGCUGGACCGGUUCGGCAGCAACUGCACACACUCAGUUCCUCCUGGAGUCCUCAGGACCAAUUGCCACAGCUUCUCCCUCCCCAAGUGUUUCCCCCAGGGUCUUCUCUGUUGACUGUGUCAUCGCAAGCACCUACAUCGCAAGCACCUACAAGGGGAGUUUCAGUCACCCAUUCAUAUUUCUCUCCACCACAGAUGCCCUUUGCACGACCGCCUCAACCGUCAGGUGUACAGCAGACUGGGCGUCCACCGCAUAGCGCCUCAUCACGGCAGACAUAUGCCGGUCGCAGCGCUGCAGGGCCUUUGGUGUCCCCUCCUCCGCUGCCGCGUGUGGGUGUGGGUGAGCCGUCUCAGCGGCUGCAGCCGCCAGCGCCUCCUCAGCAAGAAGGCUACAGUCUUUUUGGAGGUGGCGGCAUACCCCCCUGGUUGCCUUUUUCACAGGCUUCACCUGCCUCUAUAGAGAGACGCUCCCGUGCAAGUGACGGAAGGCCGCAAGAGGGAGAGGGCACCCAACGUGGUAUGAGGAAUGGUCAGGACGAAGCAGAACACCGCUUCGCGAGUGGUCAGGCUUGGAGCGGCCGCCGAUGA